AUGUCAGCCCCCACUUAUUCCUCGGAUUUCCCUCGCAUCCCUCUCAUCCCUCUCUUCUCCUCUUGUUCUCUUCUCUCCCCCAUACUCUCCAUGCUCCCCUCAUCAGGUGCUGCGCCAGGCCGCCCUGUGCUGCGCCAAGCCGCCCUGUUCGCCGUCCCCCCGCAACUCAGAGUGGCCGACGUGUUGAAACCUGAUGACGUCAUCCUCGCUUUCACCGCGGAUGCUGACGUUGCUGCUGAUGUCAGCGACUAUCUGACACACCACCUUGCCUUUGGCUCCCCCCUCCCGAGUCACGACGAGUCUCCCUUUAUCCCUCACCACGACCAUUCACCAUCUCCCUUUCAUGCCUACCCAACAGACCAUCUGACACACCGCCUUGCCUUCGGCUUCUCCCCGCCGAGUCACGACGAGUCCCCCUUUAGCCCUCUCGACCACCACUCACCAUCUCCUCACCACCAACUGCCACGUGGCAGUCUCUCCAGCGACCACGUGGCAUUCCAGCGUGGGCUGCUGGCCGCCCUCGCUGCUGCUGACGUGGCAGGGAGGGGCGUGGAGGUGGUCAGUGAAUCAGGAGAGAGGAGGAGAGUGAGGGGGUUGGUGGUGGUAGGAGGGGGGAAGAGAAUGCGGUUGGAGAGGGGGGGCGUGGAGGGGAGGGGAGGGGGCAGUGUGCCCCUGCUGACAGAUGGGGGGACGGGAGAGGGGGGAAUCAGGGGAGCAGGAGGCGGGGGAGGGGGAGGGGAGGCGCAGAUGGGUGGGCAGGUGGACAGUGAAGGUCGUGGCAGGGAGGGGGAAGGGGCGGGGAAUGGGGGGCAGGAAGGGGGGCGUGAUAGGAAGCGGAGGAGGGAUAGUGUGGAAGAGCAGAGCAUGGGUGAUGGCACUGGAGAGGGGGAAGGUCGGGGGAAGGCAGAGACGUCUGUAGAUGCUGAGAACGCUGAUGGGAAGAGGCUGGGCGAGGGGAGUGAGGAUGUGGGACGGGGAGGGAAAAGACAAAGACGAGAGGAGGGGAGUGAGAAGGAUGGGGUGGUGGAGGGGAGAGAGAGGGAUGGGGGGUCGGUGGAUGGAGUUGAGUUGGAGGGGAGAGGGGGUGGGAAGGGGGAAGAGAGAGAUGCGAGUGUGGGGGGGAAAGAGAGGGGUGGAGGGGAUGAGGUGAAGGAGAGUGAAGGGGUGAAGGAGAAGAAAAGUACCAAGGGGGAAGGGAAAGAUGAGGUGAAAGGGAAAGAUGAGGUGAAGGGAAAGGAAGGGAAAGCAGGUGGGAAGGGGAAAGCAGCAGAGGAGGGAGGGCAUGAGGUGGUGGAGGAGAGAGAAAUGAAUGGGGUGAGGGAGGGCCAUACACCUCAGGGUGUUGAGACGUCUCGAAAGGCAUCACAGGGUGUUGGCGAUAGUGCACGGGGUGCUGGGGUGAAGGGUGGUGGUGGAGGGGGUAAGAAUGAGGAACUGGUGAGUGUGGUGAGGGAUGAGGGUGAGGAGAGUGAGGAGGAGAGUGAUGAGACUGAUGAUGAGGAGGAGGGAAAGGAGGAGCGAAAGGAGGACGGGAAAGGGGAAGGGAAGGAUAUGGAGAUUGAGAAAGAGGAAUCAGAGGAUGGGGAAGAUGAGGAGGACGAGGAGACCGACGAGGAAGAGGAGGUGGAAGAGGAGGAGAAAGAAGAGAAGGAGGACGAGGAGGAGGAAGAGGAAGAGGAAGAGGAAGAAGAGGAGGAAGAGGAAGAGGAAGAGGAAGAGGAAGAGGAGGAAGAAGAGGAGUCAGAUGAUGAGGUGGUGGUGUUGGAGAGCGGUGCAGAGGGAAACAAGGAGCGAACAGACAAGGCUCAGACGAGAGCGUCUGCUGCUGCUGCGAGCAAAGCAGUGGCAACGAAAGAAGCAGCAAGCAAGACGGAAGGAAAAGCAGCAGCGGUGGGUAAAGCAGCACAAGACAAGCAACCUGCAUUGAAGGAAGCGGGAGGCAAACAAGAAGCAGCAAGUAUGAUGGAAGCAGGAGCAGACAGCAAAGCAGCGGUGGGUAAAGCAGCCGCACUCAAGGCAGGGGGAGGUAAACAAGACGGAGCAGUCAAGGGAGAAAGCAAAGCUGGAGAAGCAGGAUUAGGAGGGAAAGUUGUUGGUGCAGAGGAUGAGAAGAGUGAGGAAGAGAGCGAGGAGAGUGAGGAGGAGAGCGAGGGGAGCGAGACAGAGAGUGAGGGGGGAGUGGAGGAGGAGGAAGAGGAAGAGAGUGAGAUAGAAGCUGAACCACCCAGGUAA